UAGUGAUUAUAUUCUCUUUGAUCUAGGUACAUUUUUGUUCUAAAGCGACGCGAUUUUCAAAGUAAAAUGUUAAUAUUUAUUUAAAUUUGGUUUUAUAACAAUAUUUAUGCAGUGCUGUAUUUACAAGUCUGUUGUGAUCGCCUACAGAUAUAACCCAAAAUGUAUAAGGCAUUCAUAAAAAGUCAAAAUUCAGAGUACCUGUGAUCAAAACAAAUGAUACAACCAGAAAUAAUUAUACUGCAACAUGUUUCUUUACGAGCGAUUUUGCCUGUGGCUCGGGCAUCUAAAGUUAUCGCGCGUUAUAUUAUUAGUUUCGAUUAUUUUAUUUAUGGUACCACUAGUAACACAUUAUUAUUUAUCUAAGUAUGAAUCAUCAACCUCCUUGGGUUCAAAUCACAUGCGACAUACACUGGAAGCCUUGGGAGAUUUAUCGACAAUGAAAGUUGCAGACCUUAAAAUAAGAAUUGAAGAGAUGCUACGGAUCAAAGCUUCUGUAUCAACAGAACUAAGAGAGUUAGAAGAGAAACGCGGUAGAUUGCAACGUGAAGCGGCUGCAGCAAGUGCUAAAGCUGACAGCGUGAAAGCUGAAUACUCACGAGCGACGGCUGAGUUACAGCGCCUUCGAGUUUCUGCUGAUCAAGCACGUCUGGCGCAAUUAGAAGCGAUUCGGAGAGAUUCGCCGGAACUCGCGCCUCCCAUACAAAUUCUCUCAUCCCAACCUCCCAAUAUUUUACCACCUAUUCAUCGGUCCGCCGAAAUUUACUGCCGCAUGCACUCCUGUUUUGACCACUCCCGCUGCUCCAUAACAUCCGGUUUUCCCAUUUACUUCUAUGAUCCUGACACAUAUUCUCCUCUAGCGGGCGUUGAUAUCGACGGCUUUCUGAAGACAACCCUUCGCCAAACAUUAAAUUAUAACGCUCAUUUAACUACGAAUCCCAACGAAGCGUGUGUAUAUAUCGUACUAGUCGGAGAAGCUUUUCCAUCGGACAAGACAUUCUCGUCAACACCAGGAACAUUUAAACUGACAUUGAACGAGACAGCGAUAAAAAAUCUGCCGUACUGGGGUGGAGACGGUCGUAAUCACGUCCUACUGAACUUGGCGCGACGGGAACUGGACGGGGGAGCCGGCGACGCGCUCCGCAACGCGUCGAUAGGGCGAGCCAUGGUGGCCCAGUCCACGUUCAGCCUGCAACAGUUCCGCGCCGGCUUCGACGUGGUGACGCCAGCCGCGCUCGGCCCGCCCGGCGGCGACGUGUGGGCCGACUGCGCCCCCAUCGUCCCCGCCCGCCGGAAAUAUAUACUUAGUUUUCAGGGCUCUCAGACCCCGCCCUCCGAGGUCGACGGCAGGAGCGAUAUGCUGAUCGUCGACGCCAUAAAGCGGGCGGCGCAGGCGGCGCCGGCGGCGGACGUGUUCUACCUUCAGUUCGAGUGCGACCCACCCGUGGAGAAGCGCGCGGAGCCGGCCGUCGGCGACUGGGCGCUCUGCGGGACGGACCGCUCGCGGCGGGCGAUCCUGCGGGACUCCACCUUUGUCCUGAUCCUGGCGCCGGCCGAUCCCGACGUGGCGUCGACGGCGCUCCUCCAGGCGCGGCUGUACGAGGCGCUCCGCUCCGGGGCCAUCCCCGUCGUACUGGGCGGGGACCGCGUCCAGCUGCCCUACGCCGAGGUGCUGGACUGGCGGCGGGCGACGCUGACGCUGCCGAAGGCGCGCGUCACGGAGCUGCACUUUCUGCUGCGGGCGCUCCCCGACGCCGACCUGCUGGCGUUCCGGCGGCAGGGGCGCGUGCUGUGGGAGCGCUACCUGAGCUCGGUGCAGGCGAGCGUGGACACGCUGCUGGCGACGAUCCGCACGCGGCUGAACGUGCCGCCGCGGCCGGCCGCGCUGACGGUGGGUGCGCCGGCAUUCAACGACUCCUACAGCCCGCCGCGGGUGGAGCCGCCGGCGGUGGACGCGGAGCCGGAGGAGACGCUGGGCCCGCUGGAGGCACCGUACCCGAGCCCCGCCUACCGCCGCAACUACUCGCUGGCGAUGCUGCACGGGUACGAGAUGUGGAACGACUGGGGCGAGCCGUUCGCGCUGCACCCGCAGCUGCCGUGGGACGUGCCGGUGACGUCGGAGGCGCGGUUCGUGGGGUCGGCGGCGGGCUUCCGGCCGAUCGGCGCGGGCGCGGGCGGUUCCGGCCGGGAGUUCAGCGAGGCGCUGGGCGGGGACCGGCCGCGGGAGCAGUUCACCAUCGUCAUACUGACGUACGAGCGCGAGGCCGUGCUCGCCGCCGCGCUAGCCCGCCUGCGGGGCCUGCCAUACUUGAAUAAGGUGAUAGUUGUAUGGAACGGCGUAAGCGCGCCGUCGUCUGUGUGGGCGGAGUCCGGGGCUCCGGUGGCGGUGGUGCGGUCGGCGCGCAACUCCCUCAACAACCGCUUCCUGCCUUACCACCUGAUAGAGACCGAGGCGGUGCUGUGUGUGGACGAUGAUGCCCAUCUCAGACACGAUGAGAUCGUAUUCGCUUUUAGAGUAUGGCGGGAACAUCGUGACAGAAUAGUCGGCUUCCCCGGCCGAUACCACGCCUGGGACCUCAACUUUAACAACGGAUUCCUCUACAAUUCUAAUUACAGCUGCGAGUUGAGCAUGGUGCUCACUGGCGCGGCUUUCGUGCACCGCUACUACCUGUGGGCGUAUUGGCACAGCCUGCCCGCCGCCAUACGCGACUACGUAGACCACUACAUGAACUGCGAGGACAUUGCCAUGAACUUCCUGGUUGCCCACAUCACGAGGAAACCACCUGUCAAGGUAACAUCAAGAUGGACGUUCCGGUGUCCGGGCUGCCCGGUGACGUUGUCGGCCGACGAGACACACUUUCACGAGCGACAUAAGUGCAUACAGUUCUUCUCGCAGGUCAUGGGCUACACUCCUUUACUAUCGACGCAGUUCCGGGCGGACUCAGUUCUCUUCAAGACCAGAAUACCACACGACAAACAAAAGUGCUUCAAGUUUAUAUAGUGUUCAUGUUGGAAUGUCAAUCAUUGUGAGAUUAAUAAGAUAGUAAGUCCUUAAUUCUUAUAUAAUUAGAAAUACUUACAGCUUGGCAAAAAAAAGAGUCUGGCGCGGUGACAGCUGGAACUAAGUGUUUGGCAACAUUACAAGUACUUGUCAACUCUAGUACAUAACGUGUCAAAAGUGCGUUGCGUAGCGUAAGGUUUCGUUCAUUAAUAAAGGAAAAUAUUUGAAACAAUAUUUUUUGCCGACUUGUAAGAAUUAAGGACAAAGACGUA